AUGAACGUAUUAAAUCAAAUAGAUACCUUUUUUUUAGAUUAUACAAAAACUAAGGGAAUAAAAAAAAUAGAUUCAGAUUGGGAUGAAGGUAUAAUAGUUAAUAGAUAUAUAGAACUAGGAAAUGGAAUAUCAAAAAGUCUUAACGACGAUAAAAAAAAUACUGAACAAUGUGAAGAGAAGAAAGAACAGAAAAUUUGUAAUCUAACAAAUGAAAAACCUUCAGAUGAAAACAAAAAAAUAGACUCAAAAAAUGAUAUUUCUGAAACACUUAUAAAAGAAAAAGGAAAUAAUUCUCUUCCCAAUAAUAAUACUGUAGAUAAUUGUGUAUGCAUAAAUUCAUUUCCUGAUUUAAACGAAUUAAAAGAUGCAACAUUAGUUAGAUGGACUUGUAUGGUUCAGCAAAUAAUUUCUCCUGAAUGUUACCUUGGGAUUUAUAAAUUAAGAAACAAAAAAACUGGAGAAAUAAUUUUAAAAAGCUCAAAAUAUAGAGACUAUAUUGACAUGGACGAUAAUUGGGAAGUAAUUGAAGAAAAUGAAAAAAAAAAUGCGAUUGGUGAAUACUAUGAAUCAAGCUAUGAUAAAUAUAAUGACAUCACUGAACAAGCAGAUAAGGAUAAUGCAAAUGAAAAUAAUAAAUCAGCUAAUAAUUGCAGAAUUAAGACAGAGAUAAACAAAAUGGAUAAUGAAAAUAAAACUGAUAAUAAUAAAUUCGAUCAAAACUGUGAUGAAGUAAUAAUAGGAAAGGAAAACGAAGAAGAUUACACGAAAAAUGAUAAGAAAGAUAUUAUGUUUUAUGAUAAUUAUAAUAAUUUCACCAAAUAUUGGAAUAGAUAUUUAUUUUUAUGUACAAAUAUACCAGGAAGUAAAGGUUCAUGGUGUAAAAAUUUGUAUGAAUAUACUUCAUAUCUUAGUAAUUCUGAAUUUUUUUUAAAAAACCCAAAUAAUUAUGAACAAAAUGAUAAUAAAAAUUCAGAUCCAAUUGGACAUUCAUGCAAAUUAGUUCAUACUAGUGAAUCUAAAUUGAUCAAAAGCUCAGAUAAUAUAAAAAAUGAAAAAGGUAACACGUGCCCUAAUCCUUCGGAAAAUGAUUUAAAGAGCAAUGUAAAUAAUGACAUAUCAAAUUCUUUAUUAAAGACUGAACAAACUCAAAAUGAAACUGUGAAAGAAGAAAAAGAUAAAGAAUUUAUUACCUCCAAAAAAAUGAGAUGUAUAGUAAAAAUUUAUGAUGCUAAUAGUCAAUAUAACGGGAAAAAUGUAGAAGGUUUUUUAAAAUUAAAUGAUAUAAUUGAAAUAAUAGGUAUAUUUCGUAAACAUCAAAUAAAAGAUUAUGAAGACUAUCAAAAAAAUUUGAAUUAUUAUUUUUCCCAUGAUCAGAAUUUUUUAAAAUAUCCAUGUAUUCAUGUCUUUCGUUAUACUAAAAUAAAUGUUUUUAAUCCUAUAAACAAUUGUAUACUAUUUAAAAAUGAUCUUACAAAUAUUUUAGAAAGUGGUCCAUUCAAUAAUAUAAAUGAUUUGAGAAAACAUCUAAUAAUAUAUAUUUCUACACAUUUUUCUAAUGAUUUAUUAGUUGCUCAUUAUAUAUUUUUUUAUUUAUGUGCAAGUUAUAUUAAUGAGAGCAAAUUAAAAUUGGGCAAAUUUAGUCUAAGUAUUUUUAACUUGUUAACAAAAAAUAUUUCUAGCGACAAAACAUAUCAAAAAAAUUCCAAUUCAUUAAGCAAUGAUCAAAAGGAUUUAAAUUAUGUAAAAAGAGAUAUAACAAAAUCAGAAGAGCCACUAAAAAAUACUAUUAAACAAAUCCCCAACAUACAAAAUAUUAAUAAUGAUGGAAAAGCACUUGCUAACAAUAUUAUAAAUAUAAAUAAUAUGUUCAUAAAUUUGGUUCCUUUAUAUAGAUAUAUUCCUCUCUCUUUAAGUAAAUUAAACAGUGACUAUUUAUCAUCUGUUAUGAAUAACGAUAGUGGAGAAUUAAAAAAAGGAAAACUUCAGCUAGCUAAUAAUACUUACAUUGCUUUUGAUGAAUGUUUAUUAGAUGUAGGUAAUCUUAAUAGCAUUGGUAUAAAAAAUUUUCAUUGCAUAGAAAGUUUAAUAACAUCACAAGAACUACCGUAUAUUUUUAAUACUGAUAUUACUUUUGAAACGCAAAAUAAUAUAUUAAUUUUAUCCAAAAAAAAAUCAAUGUUUUACAAUUAUAUCGACAUAUCGGUUCCUAUACUUCAAAAAGAGAGAGAACCUUUAGACACAUGUAAUGUCGAGAAGGAAUCAUCUUUAAGUGAAGCUAGCAAAAUAGAAACCUCAAAAAAUAUAGAAGUAGACAACUUAAAAACAACUCAAAAAAAUGACAUUGGAAUGGAUCAAAAUGAAUCUAAUAAUGAUGAAAAUGUUUCAAAAUUUAUUUCAUUUUCAAACGAUUUUAAAAAUACCUAUGAAAAUUAUAAGCCAAAUGAAAAUGAACUUAUGCAAUUUAGAAGAUAUAUAAAUUAUAUAUUAUCAAAAAAUCAUUCUGCAAAAAUUACUACAGAUAUACAGAAUUAUAUUACAGAUUAUUUUGUUACAUUGAGACAAACAAAUAAGUCCAUAAACCAAUUUAUUCUAAAUACAUGGAUAUGUAUGUCAAGAAUAUUUGCAUUUUCAGAUGGAUCUGAUGAGAUAACUAAAGAUCACUGGAACUAUAUUAUGGAUCUUGAGGAGGAAAGACGAGUCCGAAUGGAUAAUUUAGAUCGAAUUUAUGUCUAA